AUGCCUCUUCCCAUGAUGGCCGCCGGCGUCCAGAAGGCCCUCACUCCUCCCCGCCCGCUGCGCCGCCCUCGCCCCGCCCCUGCACUUUCGCAGAAGGAGAGGCGCGACGGUGGUGCUAUUUACUGCGCCGGGAGUUUCGCUCCGUGCGGAGAGGAGCGUUUGUGUUGGCGGCUGAAUGAAACCCAGCUGAGCCGGCGUUCGCUGCUUGGAGGCCCCACUUCGCUGCCGGAGCCUUCGCGCGGCGCGGCGCCGCCCUCUGCCUCGCUCCUUCAUCCGGCGGCGGCGGCGGCGGCGGCGGCGGCGACGGCGGCGGGCGGUGGCGGUGGCAGCGGUGGUGUGUGGAUGGUGGCGUCGGAGGCCAUGAUGCUGACGGUGGUGGUGGUGGUGACGGCGGCAAUGCUGACAGCAAUUGGUGGUGGUGUCGGUGGCGACGGCGACGGUGUGGCGUGGAGUCGGCAGUCUUAUGAGAAAAGGAAGGGCUUUGAAGUGGAAGGGAUAAGGGUAAAGGGCGUAUGGGGCGCCAAGGAUGUCCGCACUAAAGUGGGAGCUGGUGACGUGGGUUGGAGGGGUGGAGGAGACGGAGUGGAAGAAUGCGAAGCGAUAGCAUGGGAGAAGAUGAUGUUGGGUAAGAAUGGAGACGGCAUUGCUGUCCAGGAGAUGGAGGAAAAGGGGCAAUGGAUCUCCAAAACACCAAAGCAGUGGGCGUUGUUGAAAUGUGGAAAGCGAGAACGACGUCGCACGUUGUAG